AUGAAUACUGAUAUCGGAAUAAAACAAGAAGAUGAACUAGUUAAUAAUUGUCUAUUACUUGAUUCAUCAUCGUUAUCUCAUUCAAUGUUUGAUUCUGUCAUUGAUCAUAAUCAAUUUUGGCAUCGUAAUCAAAUCGUAACACCAACAGGAUAUUAUCUACCAGCCAGUUCUUCACCCUAUGA